AUGUUCCUCCCGGGGCUCCUCUCCCGCCACUGGAGAGCGCAUCGGCGCAGAAGGCGCGGGGAGUCCCCUGGUUCCGCCUCCCGCUCUCCCCAAGCCGAGCGCAUCGUGAGCCCCAAAGGCGCGCGCGAGUUCUCCGCGGCUUACUCUCUCGGGAAAUUCCUUGGUCGGGGGAGCUACGGAGUCGUGCGGGAGUGCAUCAGCCGGCGUACCGGCCGAUCGUACGCUUGUAAGGUGAUACGGAAAGAUGAGAUGCGAAACCGUCGCGCGGAAGAGGCGGCCAUUCGGCGAGAAGUGAAGAUUCUCCAGCAGCUCGUUGGACAUCCACACGUGGUCUCCCUCGUGGACGUAUUCGAAGACAGGGCGGCGAUUUUUGUCGUAAUGGAGAAGUGUAACGGCGGCGAGCUGUACGACCUGCUGUGCGAAAUUACUGCAGGCGGCCGCGCGAAUCAGAGUGCAGACGACCCAGGUUACUUCAAAGAUAACGAUGCUCACAGCUUAUCGUCAUACUCGUCUUCUGAAGACGGCGAGCCGGGGGAUUCUCCGACAGACAGAGUCUCCAGCAAACUCUGUUGCUUUCCACUCGUCAAGCUUGCGGAUUUUGGCUCUGCAAUCUCACUCUCCCCUGGAGAGCUUGCGUCAGGUGUAGCUGGCAGCAGGCUAUACCAAGCACCAGAAGUCCUUCAGCAGUGUAAAUAUGGGUUCAAAGCUGACAUGUGGUCCCUUGGGGUUAUUCUUUUCUCUCUCCUUUCGGGCUCACUCCCAUUCAUGGCUGACUCUCGGCGGUCUCAGGCCCGUCUGGCGAAGAAAGGUGUGGGAGGGAUGGAUUCAAGUGCUUGGGAGGGAGUCUCACCAGAAGCCAAGGACCUGGUUACAAAGCUACUGGCCGUGGAGCCAGAUCAGAGGCCGUGUGCUGAAGAGGUGCUGAAGCAUCCGUGGGUUGUCCAAUACAGGAGGCAACCAAGCACCUGA